AUGACCUCCAAUUUCGACGACAGUUCAUUCGACGUCCUCGGGUUCGACGACCUUCAAAUCGACGACCUCGACUUUGACGACCUCCAAGUCGAAGAGCUUGACUUUGACGACCUUUAUUUCAAAGACCUUCAUUCUGACGACCUCGGCUUGAUUUACCUUGCCUUCAACGACCUUGACUUUGCCAAACUUCAGCUCGACGACCUCGACUUUGGUGACCAUGACUUCGACGACCUCAAAUUCGACAACCUCUUAUUCGACGACCUCGACUUCGGUUACCUUGACUUCGACGACCUUGACUUUGGCAAACUUCAGUUCGACGACCUUGACUUCAACCUCGACGACCUCGACUUUGGUGACCAUGACUUCGAAGAUCUUGACUUUGUCAAUCUUCAGUUCGACGACCUGGACUUCGACGACCUUGACUUCGAUGACCUCGUGUUGGACGACCUUAACUUCGAUGACCUCGAGUUUAAAGACAUUUCAACGACGACAUUGUGUUCGACGACCUACAAUUCGACGACCUUGACUUCGACGACCUUCAAGUCGAAGAGCUUGACUUCGACGACCUCCCAUUCGACGACCUCCAAUUCGACGUCAUCGGCUUCGGUUACCUUGCCUUCGACGACCUUGACUUUACCAAGCUUCAGUUCGACGACCUCGACUUAUGUGACCCUGACUUCGACGACCUCAAAUUCGACGACCUCAAAUUCGACGACUUCUAAUUCGACGACCUUGAAUUUGACGACCUUAAGUUCGACGGCCUUUAAUCGGACAACUUUUCAUUCGACGACCUCGAGCUCGACAACCUCGAGUUUACAGAUCUUUAAUCCGACGACAUCGGGUUCGACGACCUUGACCUCGACGACCUCCAAUUUCGACGACAGUUCAUUCGACGUCCUCGGGUUCGACGACUUUCAAAUCGACGACCUCGACUUUGACGACCUCCAAGUCGAAGAGCUUGACUUUGACGACCUUUAUUUCAAAGACCUUCAUUCUGACGACCUCGGCUUGAUUUACCUUGCCUUCAACGACCUUGACUUUGCCAAACUUCAGCUCGACGACCUCGACUUUGGUGACCAUGACUUCGACGACCUCAAAUUCGACAACCUCUUAUUCGACGACCUCGACUUCGAUCUUGACUUUGUCAAUCUUCAGUUCGACGACGUGGACUUCGACGACCUUGACUUCAAAGACCUCGAGUUGGACGACCUUGACUUCGAUGACCUCGAGUUUAAAGAUAUUUCAACCGACGACCUUGGGUUCGACGACCUACAAUUCGACGACCUUGACUUCGACGACCUUCAAACGACCUCCAAUUUCGACGACAGUUCAUUCGACGUCCUCGGGUUCGACGACCUUCAAAUCGACGACCUCGACUUCGACGACCUCCAAGUCGAAGAGCUUGACUUUGACGACCUCUAUUUCAAAGACCUUCAUUCUGACGACCUCUUGAUUUACCUUGACUUCAACGACCUUGACUUUGCCAAACUUCAGCUCGACGACCUCGACUUUGGUGACCAUGACUUCGACGACCUCAAAUUCGACAACCUCUUAUUCGACGACCUCGACUUCGGUUACCUUGACUUCGACGACCUUGACUUUGGCAAACUUCAGUUCGACGACCUUGACUUCAACGACCUCUAA